CCACGACGGGCUUACUAUGGUAGAUGGAUGUGUGGAUGGAUCGGAUCCUUCGCGCACUCUCAUACUCUGCCUGCUUUAAGCUUGGGUUCUGACAGCUAUUGCCUCCCACUAACUGAAGCUGUUCGCGUUCCGUCAGCGCCAGGGAACACCUCCAUCACUUGGGGUCGACAGCUUGGCAGCCAACCACACCCUUUUUUUCCCCGUCUUCUACCAACAACUCAUUCGUCACCUCUCUUCCACGUCAAACAUGCUGCACCUCCUCCUUCUUGCCGUUGCGCCUGUCCUCGUGGGCGCAAACGGCAUCGCGGAGUGGCAGCUCCCCCUUUCCAGGCACCCCGGCGGAUCCAAGUGUGGCAGAGGCCGAAAAGGGCUGCAUUACGGAUCCGCUUUUUCCUUCUUCUUGAAUGGCGAUUGGCGCUACUACCUCUCCGACUACUUCCCGGAAAAUGACCAAUGCAAUCGAGGAGAGUUGACUGUCCUUGACAUGAGGGCUCUGGAUGACAUAAGCAACCGCCUCACCCCAAAACCACCUCCAGACAUUGCCACCUACAAGAAGAAGAAGAAGCCCAAGACAAAGGUCAAGCCAGUCUCUCUGAUGCUCACUAUUCCUCUCGGAACCGAGGAAGAAGGUCCCUUGAUCGUAGAACCGGAUCCAGCAUGGAAGCUUUUUCACGAUUGGGACAUGAGUGUCAAGAUUGACUGGACCGAAUCUAAACCUCCUGGUCGCGCACUCAACAUCACGUCUAUCGGAGUGCGUCAAGGAUCGACGUCUUCGUCCAAGACCUCGAGGGUAAACAUCAACCUGGGGACCCCCUAUAUAAACCUACCAGCGGACAUGUACGACCUCGUCGCUUUGACCGCAAACCCCCAACGAACAGACAUGGGUCGGAACAUGAAGCCAGUGGAGACUGUCGAGUGUACAGCCCUCGCCCAGCUUCCCGACAUAGUCUUGGAUUUCGGCGGCGCGUUUGAAUUGAUCGUGAAGCCCGAGCAAUAUGUAAUGAAAGUGAGCGAUGCCAUGGGCGGCCCGUUCAAGGGGAAAUGCGUGCUGCUGGUGGCCAGAGGCGGUGACAUAUCUAUUGGAUACGCGGCCUUGCGCGGCAAGUCGCUUUGGCUGGACUGGGCAAAUCUGCGGACUGGCUUUGGAAAUCCUGCUCGGUGA